GUCACAUGGAGCCCGCUUGCAUAGAGCAGAAAGCUCCCCGUCAUUAGCCGGCAGCGACGGCGACAGGGACCCUCCCCCAAACCCCUCCCCGCUCUCGCACUCGUCGCCAUGUCGCCCGCCGCCGCCGCCGCCAGAGCCACAUCCUUCGCUGCCAACUUCACCACCUCCACUGCCCCCUCCUCGGGCGGUCGCCUCCUCCGUCCGUUCCGUGGGAAUCCGCGCCCCCGCCGCGCCGUCGCCUCGAUGGCCGUGUCCGCUCCCAAGUCGCCAGCCGCCGCCUCGUUCCUCGAGCGCCGCGAGUCCGAGCGCGCGCUCCACUUCGUCAAGUACCAGGGCCUCGGCAACGACUUCAUAAUGGUCGACAACAGGGAUUCGGCUGUGCCGAAGGUGACACCGGAGGAGGCGGCGAAGCUAUGCGACCGAAACUUUGGUAUUGGUGCUGAUGGCGUCAUCUUCGUCAUGCCGGGGGUCAACGGCGCGGACUACACUAUGAGAAUAUUCAACUCCGAUGGCAGCGAGCCGGAGAUGUGUGGCAAUGGAGUUCGUUGCUUUGCUCGCUUUAUAGCGGAGGUUGAAAAUCUACAGGGAACACAUAGCUUCAAAAUCCAUACUGGCGCUGGAUUAAUUAUUCCUGAAAUACAAGACGAUGGAAAGGUUAAGGUUGAUAUGGGCGAACCCAUUCUUUAUGGACCAGAUGUUCCCACAAAACUGCCAUCCACCAAGAAUGAAGCUGUUGUAAAAGCGGAAUUGGCAAUUGACGGGUUAGCAUGGCAUGUAACCUGUGUUAGUAUGGGCAAUCCUCAUUGCAUCACGUUUGGUUCAAAAGAGUUGAAGGUUCUGCAUGUUGAUGAUUUGAAGCUUAGUGACAUUGGGCCCAAAUUUGAGCAUCAUGAAAUGUUUCCUGCUCGGACCAACACUGAAUUUGUGGAGGUCUUGUCUCGCUCACACCUCAAAAUGCGAGUUUGGGAGCGGGGUGCUGGAGCAACUCUUGCUUGUGGGACUGGUGCUUGUGCCGUUGUUGUUGCAGCUGUUCUUGAGGGCCGAGCUGAACGGAAAUGUGUAGUUGAUUUGCCUGGUGGGCCAUUGGAAAUUGAGUGGAGGGAGGAUAACAAUCAUGUUUACAUGACUGGUCCUGCUGAGGCUGUCUUCUACGGAUCUGUUGUACACUAGGUGCUGGGGACGAAGAUGGAAGGGUUACAUAACUCAGAGCCUGAAAAAAUGAUUACAAGGUCUCUCAAAACACUUUCCUGGUACCAGUGUCCCUCCCUUCUUGAUAAUGACUGCUCACUGUGGGCAAAAACGAGGGAAUGCUAUGGGCAGAAUUAGAGGCUUUCUUUUGAACCAAUUUAGGUGUAUUUUACAUUUUAACCUUUUGUACUCCUUCAGUAUCAUGUUAGAACCCUGUGUUGGGUUAUGGAUCUGUCCUGUCUUCUUUCUUUGCUAAUAAGCUUGGGCUGCCUAUGCAUAGCUUGAAUAUUGUUGUCUACAAAUUUACCUUGAUUUACUGCAUAAUGAUUGGGCUUAUCUGUUAA